CUCUCAUCACCUCAUCACUCAUACUACUACUCCUUUUACCACUUAACAAACCCAUACAUAAUUCAUUUGUUUGCUUUUUGGGAAAGAAGGGUGCCAAAUGUUCUUAAUGGGUUUUGUGGGUUCUUGAAUUCAGCCAGCUGAUUCAGAGCAAAAACCCUUCUGAUUUUGGGUGUCAAAACACACCAUCAUCAUUCCAUUAAUGGCAAUCACCAAUAAGCUCUGCAAAAUUGGGCCAUUUUUACCUGCUUCUCUUUAGAAAGCUAUGGAUGGUACAGUAUAAAUGUCCACUGCAAAUUCUGGGUUGUGGGGCUGAAUUCAGAUAUUGAAACCCUUUUGAGGUUUUCAUGUUCAUUUUGGUUGUCAAUGGGGUUUCGAGUGAUUCUGAGGCUGAUCACAUUCUUGAUUUUGUUUGUCGGUGGUGAUUCUUUGGCUCUUAGAUCUGCAGGUACAUUUCUUGCUACAGAUCAUGGUGUUUUGCAGGCAUCAACUCCCACGAGCGGUCACUCUUUAGCGCCCGAUCACUAUGAAAAACGUUCACCGGCCAAACAUCAUGCAACGAAAUGGAGGAAACCAGGAUCUGCAUCUUCUUCUAGCCUCUCUUUUUUCAGGUAUCAUCAUGAAAGAAAGAAACCUGACCAUUUUGCCCCUACACCCUCGUAUCAAGUUCAACCACCGACUUACAUCGCUCGAGGUCCAUCUGCUCCUGCACCAUCACCAGUUGAUCCAACAACACGAUUUGGAAGUCCCACGAUAUCUCCAUCAAGCUCCUCGUUAACAAAAACGACGGCUACUCCACCCACUCCAGUUUUCGCGCUACCUCCACCACCUCCUAAUGAAGAUUGUACAACGGUGACCUGCACGCAGCCAUUGACGUACACACCAUCCGGAUCGCCGUGUGCUUGUGUGUGGCCAAUCGAAGUUCGCUUACGACUCGUUAUCUCUCCGUAUACAUUCUUUCCAUUGGUCUCAGAACUCGCGAAAGAAAUCGCCACCGGUGUUUCACUCAAUCUAAGCCAAGCCAGAAUAAUGGGAGCCAAUGCAGCCGGCGAGCAGCUCGAUGAAACCAUCGUUCUCGUCAAUUUGGUACCUCUGAAACAAAAUUUCGAUCCAGCAAACGCUUUUUCCAUCUACCAAAAGUUCUGGAAGAAACAAGUUUUCAUAAAUACCUCUCGAUUUGGAGCCUAUGAAGUCGUAUAUGUUCGAUAUCCAGGUCUUCCGCCAUCUCCGCCGGCGGUGCCUUUGAAUUCCGGCGUAACAAUCGAUCAAUCGGAUUCUGUAAACGAUCAAAAAGGAAGGCCGUUUAAGCCGAUCGGAGUUGACAUACCUAGAAACGGACGAGAGAAAAACGAUAGGCCAAAUGGAAGCAUGAUCGCGGUGGUGAUUCUAUCGGCGGUGACAGCUUUUGUUGUUAUCAUCGGAGCUGUGUGGCUUUUCUUGUUGAAAUGUGGAUGUUGUUCUUCCGAUUCACAAACGGAAAAGGAGCCUCGUGAACGUACUUCGUCCCAAGGGAAACCAUCAGGAGCAGGAGAAUCGUUGAUAGUUGGAAGCAGGAAAAGUUCCGAUAUGAUGUCGUUUAGCUCGAGUUUAAUGGCGUACACCGGAACCGCCAAGAUUUAUAGUUUGAGCGAGAUCGAGAAGGCGACGGAUAACUUUAAUUCGAGUAGGAUUCUCGGAGAAGGUGGUUUCGGGGUUGUUUAUAGCGGUGUUCUUGAAGAUGAAAGGAAGGUUGCUGUGAAGGUUCUUAAACGAGACGAUCGGCAAGGCAGUCGUGAGUUUUUGGCCGAAGUCGAGAUGCUGAGUCGUCUUCAUCACCGAAACUUGGUUAAAUUGUUUGGAAUUUGCACGGAUGACCAUUUUCGAUGCCUCGUUUACGAGCUUGUUCCGAAUGGAAGUGUCGAAUCUCAUUUACAUGGUCCGGAUAAGAUCGUGCCUCUGAACUGGUGCGCGAGAAUGAAGAUCGCUCUAGGAGCAGCUCGUGGUUUAGCUUACUUACACGAAGAUUCAAGUCCUCGUGUCAUUCAUCGUGAUUUCAAAUCAAGCAACAUUUUGCUCGAAAACGAUUUCACCCCGAAAGUUUCGGAUUUCGGUUUGGCUAGAACUGCAUUGGAUGGCCACAAGCACAUAUCAACACAUGUCAUGGGAACUUUCGGAUAUCUGGCACCGGAAUACGCCAUGACCGGCCAUCUUCUCGUGAAGAGCGAUGUUUACAGCUACGGUGUGGUUCUUCUCGAGCUUCUAACGGGAAGAAAACCAGUCGACCUCUUACAGCCACCGGGCCAAGAAAAUCUUGUCUCAUGGGCUCGACCCCAACUCACAAACCGGGAAGCUCUAGAAUCGAUCAUCGACCACGAGAUCAUAAGCUCGAACACCCCGUUUGACAGCAUACUCAAAGUUGCAGCCAUAGCAUCGAUGUGCGUUCAGCCGGAGGUAUCGCACCGACCGUUCAUGGGUGAAGUCGUUCAAGCCUUGAAGCUCGUUUGUAAUGAGUUUGACGAGAUAAAAGAGACGACUUCGAGAAGCUUCAGCAACGAAGAAGAAGUUGGCUUCAAAACCAUGGAUCACGAGAUGAGUGGCUACGAUUCGAAGAUUGAAUUAUCGGCUACGGAUCUGAGGAGUACGAUAGAAAACAUGGAGGGUUUGGAGUCUGAAUCGUUCAGAAGACAGUUCAAUUCAGCUCCUCUGAAAAUGGGGAGGAAGAAGCAGUUCUGGAGAAGGCUAAGAAGUUUAUCAAGAGGAAGUACGAGUGAACAUGGGUUUUCUUCUAAUUUAUAAAGAUGUGAUCUGAAUGAUUCAGAGGUGUAGAACAUGUUUCAGGAUUGAAAUCAAUGGUUUACAAUUAAUGUACAGAUUGAAUUUCUUGAUGGGAAUCCAGCCAAUAAAAUUUCCUUGUCUGAAUGAUUAAGUCAUAUACUUCUUUUUGAAUAA